AUGGAUGGACACAAUGUAUCUGAAUGCAGCAACACUUCAUCAGUUAAGAAAUCCACAUCAAGGCCAUCAGGGACCAAGAGAUGGACACCGGCUGAGAGUCGCUAUUUCAUACGAUUCAUGGCUAACCAAGUUGAGCAAGGGCUAAAGAUAGACAAAGGCUUUAAACCACAAGCAAUCCAAGGUGCAAUUCGAGCAAUGAAGGAUAUGUUUGGGGUGAUAGUCACAGAGGCCAAUGUGGGAAACCAUCUGAGGACAAUAAGGAAACGGUGGGCAAGGAUUAAAAAAUUGAGAGACAUGAGUGGUGUGGGUUGGGACAACAACCUUAAAGUUAUUAUCAUGGGCGAGGCUGAGUACAGAGACUAUAUUCAAGUCCAUGUACAAGAUGAACCAUAUCUGAAUAAGCCAAUAGAGGAUUACGACCUAUUGGAGAUUAUAUGUGACAAUGAUCAAGCACGUGGUCAUUAUGCCAUUCAAAAUAAUGGAACCCAAGUUGGCACAAAUAUGGACUUUGAGACAGCACCAGGACCAAGAUACCCGGAUGACAAUUUUGUUGAUUUGUCAUUUGGAGAUGCAGAUGCACAUGAUGCCUCCCCGUUUGUUAAUACUCAAUCUGGCGCUUCCGAACAUACAUCAGCAACUAGUCCACAAAGAAAGAAAGGGAAAAGCAAGAGCAAAGCAAACACUGAUGAUGAGCCACUUCGCGAAUUGGCGACCACCAUAAACAAAGCAUUGAAUCGGCAAAUUCUGAGGGUAUAUGAGCAUUUGAUGAUGGAUGAUGCACGAGCUAGAAUGUUCUUUGCCAUAACUGAAGAAAUGCGCAAGGAUUGGUUGGAGGAAUUCUUUGAAUCAUUUGACUGA